AUGGACGUCGACCUGCGGGAUCGGGUAUUCGACGAGUUCAACUCGCUCAGCACGGUCUACAAGCAGCCGGCUGCCAAGUUCAUCCAGGUGAGCGGCAGCCCCUUCGUAGCCAUGAAGAUGCAGCCGCCGGCGCUGCCGGAGGGCAUGGAGAUGCCUUCAACGCCGACGCAGCCCUCCAGAGUAAAAGGGCCAACGAGCGCCCCUUCCGAGCCGAUGCUCCCUGGCUUCGACUCGCCGGCACCCGCCGAGUCUGCAGACCUCCUGGGCGGAGGACUUCUGGACGAUGUUCCUGCAGCGCCCGCGCAGGCCGCACCCAGUACGUCGCCAAGCAGCGGAGGGGACUUGCUCGGCAUGGAGGAUCUGCUCGGUGGCCUCGCAUCCGAGGUACCGGCGCCGGUGGCGGUGCCUGCAGCGCCCCCCGAGUUCAGCUUGGCUUUGGAUGCCUCCAUGGAUGGCAACGGCUUUCAGGCGCGGUGGUCACAGCUGCCGCAGCUUCCGGUCUUGAAUUGGCCACUGAGGCCCGGCAGCGCGUCGAACACAGGCGCCGUCGAGGCUGCCCUGAGGCCACACGGCAUCUUCGUCAUAGCGAGUGGCACGGUCGGCCAGAGCAUGAAGUUCUACUUCUAUGCACGGCAGGCUGGGCAAACGGAGGCUCCCAACGGAGUCUGGUUUUUGCUUGAGGUGAUCAUGGCAUUAGCGGCGAGCUCCUGUCAAGUGACGCUCAAGGUAGAUAACGCUGGCCCCACGGCUGUUGACCAGUUCCAGGCCCGAGAUGCAGACACUUUCGAGUCGCUUCGUAAUGCUGUGGCGGUGCUCCUGGUCAAAGGAGUGAUCGCGGAGGAGCAAGGCGUUGCAGCCAACUACAACGACUUCAAGCAAUGGAUGCAGAGGUAUGGCCACUCUGGGCAUGAUGACGACGUCUCCAGCUUUCAGAAGUACCUGGAGUUCAUGGAGUACAAACAGACUUCCAAGGAGCAAACGCCCGAUCAGGCGCAGGGCUACCAGGACUACUCCAAGUACCUGAGUGGGCACGGAGGUGGUCCCGUGGACUUCCAGGAGUACAUGGACUAUGACAAGUACAUGUCCAACCACGCACAAUACGAGGACUUCUCGAAAUACAUGACGAUGCAGGGCGGAUCCACUCCGUCCUUCGACGAGUAUUUGAAGUUCCAGCAGUACACUGCAGGCCAGCAAGCUCCUGCGGCGCCGGACUACGAGCACUACCUGAACGUGCCAAAGUUCACGAGCGGCGGAAAGGACGUGCCGCAGGAUUUCCAGCACAUGGCAGAGUUUCAGCACUAUCUGAAGAGCCAUGGUGGCCAGACCCCGGUCUCCUUCGCUGCAGAGGAGGCAAACGAGUCGUCGAAAUCCUCGCAUUCACACCACGAGAAGGCGGCAGAGGAGGCUCCGAAGCCGAAAGCGCAGGAGCCUGCGCAGAGCUCGGGGUACAUGGACUACCAGAAGUACAUGAGCGGGGACUGGUCCAAGUACAUGGGCGGAAGUGGCGGAAGUGGCAUGGGCGGCAUGGAUUUCCAGCAGUACAUGGACUAUCAGAAGUACAUGCAGGGACAUGCCUCCUCUGGAGGCUCCUACCAGCAGCAGUACAUGGAUUACUCCAAGUACGUUCACGGUCAGGGCCACAAGGCCAUGGACUUCAAGCAGUACAUGGACUUUCAGAAGUAUAUGAAGCAGAGCGGAAACAGCCAGGCUGGGCCUGUGAGCUUCAUGGAUUACUCCCAGUACACAGGUGGUGCUGCAGAUUAUCAGCGGUACAUGGACUUCAAGAAGGACAUGGACUGGCAGCAGUACAUGAACUAUCAGCAGUUCAUGUCAGGAAACGGCCAGGGCUCGGGUGCGGACUAUCAGAAGUACACUCCCUCCGCAGAUUCGGCGAAGGACAAGGCUGGUGCUGUGAGCUUUGCUGCGGCGGAUGCAGAUGCUACCCAGGCUGACUCCAAGCAGGGUGGACAGGGCAACUACCAGCAAUACAUCCCGGCGGGCUACAAGCAGUACAUUCCAGGCUCCGGUGGCUCCGGCGGCGGCAGCGACUUCCAGCAGUACAUGGAUUUCUCCAAGUACAUGGGUGGAGGAGCAGGCAAGCAGGGUGGCGCUGCGGAUUUCUCCAAGUACAUGGGAGGCUCUGGCCAGGGAGGAGGAAGCGACUUCCAGAAGUACAUGGAUGUCCAGCAGUACAUGGGAAAAUACACCCGCAAUGACUGGAUGAAGUUCCAGCAGCAGCAGAACCAGGCGCAGCAGCAGGUGCCAUACUCUGCCUCCGACUGUAAGACGCCGGAGGAGCUGGAGGCAUGGAAACAGCGUCAGCUGGACGUUGUGAAUUCCUGGGUUCCAGCGGCCUACCAAAAGAAUGUGCUGGACAACGUGGAUCAGGAGUACAAGAAAAACAGCGAGCGGUUGGGCAUGGCGCCUCCCUCGGACUCUGCCUCCGCGGACUCCACGAGCGGAGUCGCCUCCGCCUCCGGCUCCAAGGCCAGUGCCAGUGUCUCUAUGCAGCAGGUCGAGGCCGACCCAGACGUAGAGAAGGCGCUCGCCAAGGCACGCGCCGCCCUGGCUCAGUCCUCGUCCGUGGAGUCGCCCAAGGCGCUCUUAGAGACGGACCUCAAGCAAGACUCGAAGGAUGACCAGAAGACCAAGAUUCUGCAGCCGCCUUUGGCCACUGAGCUGGCAGCCGCUGCACCUCUGGAGGAGCCCACCUGGCACCCCUACCGGGCGCUGGGAGUGGUGCUCCUGGGCCUCGCCUUGCCCGCCGCGCUUGCCCUCUUUGGGCUCGGGUCGCGGCCUCUGAGCCCCUGCGUCAGCCGCCGGAACUCUGAGGAUUCCAUCACCAUCGAGCGCUACAUUGAGCUAGAUGCCGGUGACGAGGUCUGA